AGUGCAUCCCGCUGGCGUGUUUCGUGGUUCUAGUAGUUCCGUUAGGUCUGUGCAGAUUCCUGGUUAAAGGGAAGCGAACGAAAGCGAAAAGUUGGCGAAAGUGAUCGGUUGGAGUGCUUUGCAAAUGGCAAACGAUCGGUGGAGGGCCGCACAGUGUCACCAUCGGUCCAUCACGGUGCUCGUGUUCGGUUCGUUAGCGCUCACCGUACUGGUGACGCUGGCCGUAACACUCACGGUACAUCACGGUAGUGGCGGCGGCGGCACCACAGUAAUGUGGCCUCUGAACGAUGCACCACUCGAGCUCGACUGCAUCGUUACCUUCGACCGUGGCGUUGGGAUUGGAAUGCGCAGACGAACGUUCACCGCACGGCGUUACUGUGCCUACGAGGGCAUACCGUACGUGGAGCCACCGGUUGGCGCUCGGCGGUUUGAGGAUCCACAGCCAUACCGCUUCCAGGGGACACGAUUGCUGUGGAAUGUGUCGAAGGCUUGUCCUCAGGCCUAUGCAGCUCAUAUUGAUCCAGUGGCGACGAGUGAGGAUUGUCUUUAUCUGAACGUGUACACGGGAAUGGGAGUUGCAGCUCAGGAUGGUUCGGUUAAUAAUACCCUUUGGCCAGUUCUGCUGUGGGUGCACGGAGGUUCGUUCGUGGUGGGCUCAUCCGAAACAGACAUCUUUGGACCGGAGUUCUUUAUCGAUAAGAAUAUCAUCGUCGUCACGUUCAACUAUCGCCUCGGAGCGCUCGGUUUCCUGUCCCUACCGGAUCUCGGCAUAAACGCCAACCUCGGUCUACUGGAUCAGCUGGAGGCGCUACGCUGGGUCGGCCAUUACAUUGCCGCCUUCGGUGGUGAUCCGUCCCGGGUGACACUGUUCGGUUGGAGUGCAGGUGCCGCAUCCGUCACCUACCACCUGUACUCCCGUCUCGCCCAAGGCCUCUUUCAUCGAGCGAUUAUCAUGAGCGGCACCAUGACCCAGUCCUGGGCCUACGAUUUCGAUCCGGAUCGCUGUGGCCGUGAGUUCCUGCGUGCGAACGAUGCAGUGCGCGUGGAGCAGCUCCGUUCCGAUCACGACCCCCGGACCCUCGACCAGCUCAUGACCGUCGGUCGUUCAUUUCACAUUGACUUCUUCUCACUCUACUACUACUGCUUCCUGCCAACCGAUGAUAGCGCACGGCCGGAAUCGCGGACGGCGGCACUGCGGUUCGUUGGCCCGGAUCCGUUCGCCACCGUGCGUACGGUCACGCCCGUUAGCGAUGUGCCGCUGCUGGUCGGUUACACCGAGCUCGAGCACGGUAAUCUCUAUCUCGAGCGCGAUUUCCGUGUCACUACGCGCACCAACUUCCCGAACUCGAAUGCGUCCAUCUUUGAGCGGCUCGAGCGGUACCUGGAGAGGGAGCGGAAGGUGUGGGAGCGUGCGAACCGCAACCGGACAAGCGCUGACCAGCGGCAGGUGACGGACAGUACGUUCUACCGGGAGCUGGCAGCGGUCGCGGACAUCAUCUACGGGAUACGGUACUUCAUCCGGUACGCGAGUGACCGGAUGCGGUCACCGGUGUACCGCUAUCUGUUCGCUUAUGAUGGUGCGUUCGGGUACGCCAAACACUACUACUACCGGAACCAGAUAUCACGCCAACCCGGCCCGAUGCACGGUGACGAUCUGGGUUAUCUCUUCACGCCGUACCUUUACCGGCGUCCACCAGCACCACCUCCGGCCACCGAUGACAGCGGCGCUGGUAUCAAUGGUGAGGACAAGGACAUCACGCAGUCGGACCGUUAUCGGACGGAACGGCGCGUCCAGCGACGCAUGGUGGCACUUUGGUCCAACUUUAUCAAGUACGGCAAUCCAAUGCCCGAGCCACGGCGGAAGAAACCACGGGCCAUUCGCUGGCAUCCGUACAAUGAUCCGUCUAUCCGGGGUCGUCACUACCUUCGAAUCGAUCAGCGGUUGCAGCUACUACCGGAAAAGGAUGCCGAGAGCCCGUUCCAUCUGCUGUGGGAUCGUGUGUUUCGCUGUCUGUAUGAAUUUUCCUGCGAGUUCCUGAACGAAGAGGAUGCUGAGACGGUGGCCCCGAUUGGCGUUUCCUCGGAAGAACCCGGCCACAGUGGAUAUGGUGACGAUGUACGUGAGGAUGACGUAUGAAAAGGAUUUGUAUUUGUUGCCGAAUCAAUCUCUUGCACCGCGAAACAUGAAACAGCAACAGGGUUCCGUUGGUGCUGGUAAACUUCUCCUGAAUUGCCAGUUCAACCUUGUGAGCCUAGAAAUAAGAUUAUACGAGAACACCAUGACACACCAAGCGUAACCGGUCUCUCUCUCUCUGCAUUUUUCAAUCGUUUUCAAAAUAAAGGGAUCAUUCCCCACCAUGUCAUGGGCAUAGGUCGAGAAGUCAAAGAAUCACAAAACACCUUUCCCUAGCCGGGGCAUCACCACAUGCCACGUAUCGGGCAUGCCCGCAAGUGUCGCCGAUACACGAGCGAGAAGUAAAUAAUGAAGUGUCUGUGCGCACCCCCCCCCCCCCCCUGGGUUCGGUGAUUAAUGGGAGGAUGAUUGUGGCUGAAUGACUGGUAGGGUGGUUUAACUUUUCGCUGAGCUCGUUAUUUUUCACUCGCACCGCACUGGUUCGUUGGAGGAAAAUCGUGCGUUUCGUUGCGUGUGGCGACGUGACCAAUGGAACGGGGACGUGAAGCGACGAAGAUGUUUUGCCAAAAGGGAUGAAAGAAGAGAAUUAUCGGAGCACAAGCGGAGACGAGGGGAUGAACGCACAAACGAAUGGCACAAUAAAA